GUUUAAAGACGGUGGCGCACGCGCAGUCACCGCUUCCGCGACGUACCUAGCCAUCUUUCCAGUCAAGCAAAAGUGAAUUGUUUUCAGCCUUAGUCUUAUUUAACGGAACUUUUAUUAAUGUCAGAGCCACAGUCCGCGCUUCUACUACGAAAACAAUUAGCAGAGUUAAAUAAAAACCCAGUGGAAGGGUUUUCGGCAGGCCUCAUUGACGACAAUGAUAUUUAUAGAUGGGAAGUACUUAUUAUUGGACCUCCGGAUACGUUAUACGAAGGUGGAUUUUUCAAAGCACAUUUACAAUUUCCAAAAGAAUAUCCACUUAGGCCACCAAGAAUGAAAUUUAUAACUGAAAUUUGGCAUCCAAACAUCGAGAAAAAUGGUGAUGUAUGUAUAUCGAUUUUACAUGAGCCUGGAGACGAUAAAUGGGGCUAUGAGAAAGCGUCGGAACGGUGGUUGCCAGUUCACACAGUCGAGACUAUUCUCAUAAGCGUUAUUAGUAUGCUCGCAGAUCCAAAUGACGAAAGUCCAGCUAACGUGGAUGCUGCCAAAGAAUGGCGGGAGAGUUAUUCAGAAUUCAAAAGAAAGGUGGCAAGGUGCGUCAGAAAAAGCCAAGAGGAGUGUUUGUAGGGGAUGAAUAAAUAUUCAACUGGAAAGACUUAUUUAAUUCUGGCAAUUUUAAUUCAGGGAAGCCGUAAGCACUGGAAGAAAGAAACCGAUGCUCGACAUAAAGCUAACGGAUAACAGUGCCACUAAAAACGGAUUAAGCCUGACCCAUCCUUACGCUGAGAGAGGGGAAAGGAGCGUGUGAAAAAACUAAGACAAAUUCGCACGUCUCUAUUGAAUCAAUUAAAGCCACACCGUCACCGAUGUACCAUCCAUCGAUAUAUGAAGAUCAUGAAGAGAACACACACACACAGCCUCACCUUUUUCAUAAUAAACAGCUAAAACUAAUUUACACGUAUACAUAAUGCAAAAAAAUCAUCUGUACGAUUAUUACCUUAAUAUUAAUAGUUAAUGUAAACUUAACUUCCCCACUUCUCCUACUACCCCACCCCCUGCCCCACGAUAAAUCCCAUCUCGCCCUCCGCCCGAAGAAACAAAAAAAAAAAAAAAAAAAAAAAAAAAAAAAAAAAAGCAAAAAAGAAAAAAAAACAAGAAAGAAAACAAAACCUUGUAAUUUAAAAUAAUACGUUUAUGUUUAUCGAUCAAUAAUAAUUCCGUAGUGUCGUUUCGUAUUUUCUUACUUUCGUAAAUAUAUAUAAAUAAAUUUUUGUAAAGUUCGAAAAACGGGAUAUACUACAAUCGUUGAAUGUAUAAUGUCAGCAAAA